GCCAAUUUUGUGGCAGGAAAAACAAAAAAAAGUGUUCUUUUAAAUGAAUUCACGGGCGUUUUGGAAUUGUAACUGCAGAGACAGAGGCAGUGUAGUGUACUAGUGUAGGCUUUCUCUUUCUAAUAUAUCUGUGAUCCAAUGCCUUUUCUUAACUCACAUGUUUGCAUCCUUCUCAACCACCACCCGCAAUCAUUUAAAUCUUUCUUAGGGGAAAAAACAAAGUAAAAUUGAUAACUUGCUCCAAAUACGGGGACCUUGGCAUCUUUCUUUAUUGAUAAAUAAAAGUAAUGUCACUCAAGAUUCACCAGCUAUUUUGAAUGUGGGAUCUGGGUUCCUUCUUUAUUUGACCUAAGAUAAGAGGCUUGCUACUAAUUUAAAAGGAGCAAUUAUUGUGUUCAUCAGUUUAUCUGAGUCUGGUUUUGUCAUUUGUCUUUCAUUUGGGUUUCUUUGUUGACAUGUUUGUUCCUUUUUCCUUAAUUUGCAAUUUGAUAGAGAGAGGUUGAAGGUCAAAUAAUCAAGUUUUGAUCCAAGGGUCGUUUUCCUUUAUCCCAAGAGGCAACAAUUCAGAUUUUAAGUUGGUAGCUGAAAAUUUCGAUUGAUAGAAAAUGCCUCCAGAGAGUCUGAGAUCAGCUGUAUAUAGAUCCUUUGUCACCUGUGAUGAUCCCAGAGGUGUUGUGGAAUGUAAGACAAUCAGAAAAUCUAAGAUUGCCGACCAUCCGAAAAUGGAUAAAAAUGUUGUAAAACAAAGAACAUGCAACCAUUUGAAGGUGUCUUCUUCAUCAGACAAGGAAGAAGGGAGAGAGACAGUCUGCAAAAGAGCGGGAUAUAAUCAGUUAAAUUCCUCGUCUUCCUUACAGCUAACGGAGGUGUCUCGAGAAGUUCAAAAGCUGAACCAAGUGAUUGAUUCAUGGUCUAACGGUAUGAGCUCUGAAAGGCAUUCCAAAGAUAUUGCAAAAGAUUUGUUGAAAGGAGCUCUUGAUUUACAGGAUUCACUAGUGAUGCUAGGAGAGCUGCAAGAAGCUUCACAACAUAUGGCAAAGUUGAAGAAAAAGCAAAAAGAUAAGCCUGUAAAACAUGGAAUAGCCAUUCAAAGAACCAAGUCCGAAAGGAUUUCAGAUGAAAGGUUAAACAGGCUUGAGUUUCAGAAACCAAGAUUUUCUGUUGAUGGGGCUUCCCAGGAUUGUUUUGAUGAGCUCAGGGAAGUGAUAAGAGACAGCUUUGCUAUUCAAAAUCUGUUGCCACCAAGUUGUGCUUCAGAAAAGUCUCAGUUUGAAACAAGGAAAGUGGAAUUAUCUCCAGGUCUCUCCUUUGCCAGAUUCACAACUUCAGGUGUCUUAUCCUUUGAAAAGGCAUGUGUUGGGAGAAGAAAAAUGAUUAUAUCAUCGGAUAUCCCAUCUGCUAGCUCAAGCCAUUCCUCCAUAGUUCAAUCCCAAGAAAUUACCUGUUUUGAUUACUCCCCGACACUAAUUGAGCAGGAGAAGCCAGACGGGCCAAAUUUAAUUGCCAGACUGAUGGGUCUUGAACAGAUUCCUAGAAAGCCCCAGCACCAAACUUCCCAGAAGCACAUCAAGAACGACAGGGUUGUCAAGAAGAGUAGACCUAUAUUUGAAAUAGAUCUGCCAAAAGCAAAGAAGCCAACAUUCCUCAGUCAAAAGGUGGAUCCAGAAAGAAGAGCAUUGGAUGAAAUAAUUGAAACCAUGCACUUUAAGGGGCUUUUGAGAAGCAAGUCAAUGGAUAAAUCUAAUCAUGGAACUAAUCAAUCUAGUCUUUCCGGUUUGUUAAAUAGGUUUGUUGAUUCUCCAGCCAUUGUGAUAAUGAAGCCUCGAUAUGCUCUAGAUUCGCAGGGUGAAAGGUUUCCUCCCUGUAAUCAUGAAGAAAAUCCAUCAGGCACUAGAAACACAAUUGGAAAAUGGGAUUCAAAAGAAAAACGUUCACCUGAAAACUCUGAUGAUCAGAAGGGAACCUUGAGUUUUACCAUAUACAAGAAAUUGCAGGCAGGAAAAGAUCAAAAUAAUAAAUUCAGCAAAGAAAAAUGGCGCAAGGAUCAUGGUGAAGCAUCUGAAAAAUCAAAGACUCUUGAAGUUCUGAUUCAAGAGAAACUGCCUAAAACAAAGAUUACAACUUCUCCUGGAAAGUAUCGUGGUGAAGCACCUGCAGAAUCAAAGACUUUUGAUGUUCUGAGUCAAGAAAAACAGCGUAAAACAAAGAUUAGAUCUUCUUAUCCUCGCAAGUAUAGUGGUGAAGCACCUGCAAAUUCAAACACACUUGAAAUUCUGUUUCAAGAAAAACAUCCUAACGCAAAGUUUAGAGCUUCUUCUCCCUGCAAGUAUAGUGGUGAAGCACCUGCAAAUUCAAAGACUGCUGAAGUUCUGAUUCAGGGAAAACGGACUAAUACAAUGACUAGAGCUUCUUCUACUGGGAAGACCCGGCAACCAAAGAAAGAAGCAAUUGGAAAUAGAGAGGAUGGGACUCAACUAGUAGCUCCUGCUAUCAGAAACUCUAAAGAAAUGAAAAAUGCCAAAACCAAGGACACUGCUAAAUUUCAGGACCAAAGCAAGAUGAGUGUUGUGAAAGUGAGAAAACCAGAGAGAAAGCCUUUGGUUGCACAGGAAAAAAGUACUAUAACUGAUCCUAAGCGCAUCACAACCACUGCAUCUCAUAACUCCAUUAAGAGGACGAAGAAUGUUAAAGUUGACAAGCUGGUCAAGAGUACCUCCAUUGCUGAGGUUGACAACAUGGAACACAAGGAUGAAAAUGUAGAAAUGGUGCAGUCAGUAGCUGAAGACACAAAUAUAGCGACAACCGAAGUUACAUCCUCAGAAGAGCUUCAAUUAGAAAAAGGGGCUGAUAUCUUUGAGAAUGUUGUCACCGGAAAAGCUUGUUCACUGGUCCACCCACUGUCUGCUAUGUGCACAUCUGCCUCUUUCUUCUUCCAUACCUUAAGAACCAUGAUAGAUGGAUGACAAUCUGAAAGCUGUUACGCAUGGAACUAGCUACUUCUAGUCAUCAAUGAAGCUCGAAUACUCCUUUGGAGGAAAUAGAGUCUGCACAUGACUAGUGGUUGAUCCAAGGAGAUUUAUCUGUCGGUCAUUGUGAAAUUUUUCUAAACUAUUACUUUUUCUAUUGCAGAUAAUACUGUCAAUGGUGAAAGUUUCCCUUGUGAAUCUAGCGUUCCAUUAAUCCAUUGUGUCGCUGACAUCAAAUUAGUGGAGCACAUUAACUGUAACAUCAAUGUAGACUUCACUGAGAAUGAGAACCUCAACUCCAGAUCCACUACAAGGUAUUUACUGUUGAGCAGUGAAUCGUUCCUCUGUCGGUCCGAGGAGCUUUUUGAAACUGAUGUAUUGGAACCAACUAUACGGCAGACAACUAGUGUAGAUCAUGAAAUUGUCAAUAGCGCAUUCUUACUUGAUUGUGCAAAGGAGUUGUUAGAACAUAAAAGGUCUCAAUGUGCACUGGCAGUUGAUCCAUUAUCACUGAAGGCCAUAAAGAUGAGAAAAUUUUCUGUAUCUUUUGACAAGUUGGUUAGUGAAAUUUGUGAUGGGAUUGAAGUUUUGAGAAGUCACGAUAAGGCUGCUGGAAAAAACCUUUCAGCAGAUGCUGUUAAUUCACUGCUAGAAAGAGAUCUAUGGUGCAAGGGAGUGGCCAGCAGUGCAUGGGAUUUAGGUUGGAGAACUGGAUUAACUAACAAUGAAGUUGAAGAGGUGGUGACUGACAUUGAGAAGUAUCUUUUAACUGCAUUUAUCGAUGAUUUGUUGGCUGACUUCAUGCUAUACAACUAAUACAUAUUCAGGUUGGCGAUUUAGGAACUUGGCUUAUAUAAGCUGUAAAGUUGGAGCAACGGUAAAGUUGUUUCCGUGUGACCUCGAUCACAGGUUCAAGCCUGAAAUCAGUCACUAAUGCUUGCACAAGGGUAAGUUGUCUACGUCACACACCCCUCGGGGUGCGGCCUUCCUUCGACUUUGCUAAUGCGGGAUGGUUUGCGCACUGGACUGCCCUGCCCCACUUACAUAAUCUGUAAAUAAAAAUUCAAUAGAGGAGUUGAAAAAGGUCUUUAAGAAGCUGAGGCAUUGAGGUUUACUAUCUCAAAUUACAUUUUAAUGCUGAGUUGAUCUUGAAUUUGUACAUUUUGUAACCAUAUACUUACAAAAUGUAGUCAAUCUUGAUAUGACUUGUUUGAUUGCAAUUUGGUGGAAGCUUGAUCAGCUUUGUAG